UUAACAUCUUCCACUCGGCAACGACAAAAAUUUCCAACAAUAUUCCAUUUCCUUUCUAUAAAAUCCAAACGAUAUCUAACAUCUUACUAUCGUACACACGUAGCUCACUCAAAAGGUUUCAACUAUAAUCCACAGCGCUAUAAUUCAUACGUUACGUGUCUCAUUAAUAAUACAACAUAAAGUGUGACAAUCAUUUCUCCUGACUUCGUAUCAUUUGGGAUGUUUUCGUCGAAAAGAAAGGAACAAGAAAUGAGGCAAAUACAAACCGUGCAUGCAAGAACGAUGAAAAUAAAAGGAAUUGACAAGUUAUCAAUCCCUAUUAAAUUAUUAAUUAUUAUCGUGGUUUAUACUCGUUUAAUGUUACGCGUGGGACGAUACACGAGAGGCACGUUGAUCAGUCAUCAUGCAAAGGGAAAGCCAGUUGGAUAUAUCGAUGAACUUGUCGACAUUUUUCUUAAGGAAUGUUGGAGUAUGGAUGUCUGAUAAUCCUAAUGAACAACGUCAGAUCAAGAUGUUGCUCAUCAAUACAACUUGGAUCUUGUUGUCUGGCAUAGUCAUCAAUGGCAGGGAUUUGUAUUUCACAUUGUUGUACGACGGCGAUAUUCUUUAUUCUAUAACGAAUAACAUAACUAUGAUAAUGGCUUUAAUAAAAAUAUGCAUCAUACUGAUAUAUAAAGGAAAAUUUUUAAAUCUAAUUGUGUACAUGCAACAAAAUUUUUGGAACGUUAACUACGAUUAUCGUGAAAAAGAAAUUUUGGACGAUUGCAGAAAAACUUGCAUUUUCUUCGUCUCCUCUCUUACCACCAUGGUCAUAUGCGCUAUGAUAUCUUAUCUAAUAAUACCAUUCAUUGCACAAAAUGGAAACAAUGAAUCCGAGAGAAUGCUUCCGUUCAAUAUGUGGAUAAAUUUGCCAUUAUCAAAGACUCCUUAUUACGAAAUAAUGUUUCUUAUACAAGCAAUGUGCGUAUAUUACAUUGGAGUCGCCAGUUUCUGUUUCGACAAUGUCUUCUGCAUCAUGGCCGUACAUUUGGCAGGGCAAUUUCGCAUUCUCCAGUACAGGCUUACGAAAUUAUGCGACGUAGAAUGCGAGAUGUAUAAAAAGGAUUCGAUACUGACGAACCGAAUGCCGAAAUUUUACGAGAAAUUUAGGAAAUGCGUCCAACAUCACCAGGCAUUGAUCGAUUUCUAUCAAAACCUCGAGAACGUGUAUACCAGGAUUGCGUUUGGAGAAAUGUUGGUAUAUAGUAUAUUAAUUUGUCUAUUCGGAUAUCAAGUUUUAGUGGCUACCGCUUCUUUCGCCAGACGCUCCAUUUUUGUCUUUCUGUUAAGUGGCUCGACGUUUUUAUUAUUUAUGGUCACCUACAGCUGCAACGGCGUGAUAGAGCACAGUGACAACGUCGCUAUAGGAGCUUACUCGGCACUGUGGAUGAUUAUACCGAUGGAGAAAUUUGGGAAAACGCUUCGAAAAGAUCUGAUAAUGGUGAUUAGACGAUCCAGACGAGUUUGUUGUCUGACCGCGAAUGGAUUUUUCCCUGUGUCGUUAGAAUCGUAUACUAAAAUUUUAAGUACAGCGCUGUCGUAUUUCACAUUGCUCAGUAAUCGCGUGGAAACCGCAAAUGACGCGUAAUUAAUAACAAAACUUUUCAAUGAAACAAGUGAACAAAGAAAUGUAACGAAGGUGCAUAAUUUUUUCGAAAUAAUGUAACGAUAUUGUAUUAUUAAUCAUUAUGAUUAAUCGUAAUAAAAUAAUGAAUAAUCACAA